GAGGGAGGCGUCGCGCACUGACAGCGUCGCCAUGGAGCCGAGGGCGGGUGAGGGGCGGCCCCGGGCACCACCUGAGAAACGCGCGGGGGACGCGCAGGGGCCACAUGAGAGUCGGGCAGGGGACGCUGAGGGCUACCUGAGAGACGGGCCAGGUGUUUCCAAACAGGACAUUCGUGAGCAAAUUUGGGACUACAUGGAAUCACAAAAUUUAGCUGAUUUUCCCCGGCCUGUUCAUCACAGGAUUCCCAACUUCAAGGGUGCUUCUCGGGCUGCCGAGCAUUUCCCACGUUUGCAGGCGUUCAAAAUGGCCAGAACCAUUAAAGUCAACCCUGAUGCUCCCCAGAAGAACGCCCGUUUCUUCGUCCUUGAAAGCAAAAAAACAUUGUUGGUUCCAACACCACGACUGAGAACGGGGUUGUUUAAUAAGAUUACUCCACCCCCUGGGGCAACUAAAGACAUCUUGAGAAAAUGUGCCACCUCCCAGGUGAGUUUGGAAGCAGCACCAGCCGCAGGGAAGAACCACUCUCAGCCAUGCCCUCCGGGCGUGAGGAACUACAGCGCUCCUGUGGGCUUGGACUCCAAGGUCCUUGUGGACUUAGUUGUGGUGGGGUCCGUGGCUGUUUCUGAAAAAGGCUGGAGAAUUGGGAAGGGAGAAGGCUAUGCCGACCUUGAAUACGCCAUGAUGGUGUCGAUGGGAGCGGUCAGCCAGGGGACGCCAGUGGUCACCAUCGUCCAUGACUGCCAGGUCGUCGACAUACCUGAAGCACUCCUCGAGGACCACGACCUCACUGUGGACUAUAUCCUCACUCCAACUCGAGUCAUCACCACAGGGUGUGAGCGCCCCAAGCCAGCGGGAAUCGCAUGGUCCAAGAUCAGCUGUGAGAUGCUGGGGAAGAUGCCCAUCCUCAGAAGCCUGCGCCACCGAGAGGAGCAGGCUGGGAAGGACGUCACUCUCCGGGACGGGCCCCGGAGCCCUCCGGGUGCCACCAGAAGCCCUCGGGACCUGGCCCCACCAGAAUUGGGCUCUGUGCCUCUCAGCUCUGUUCAGAUUGGGAACCUCCCCCCGGAUGCCAGGGUGAGCGAGCUGAAGCAGGCCCUCAGCGCACUGGGUGUGGCACCCUCGCGGCUCACCUGGCAGGGGCCACAGCACAGCGCCUUCCUUCACUACCGGGACCCGGCCGAGGCCCAGCAGGCCAUUGCCUGCCUGCAGGGCUUCCGCCUGGGCGCCAACACGGUGAGGGUGGUGCUGGCCAGGCAGCAGAGGGCCAGUGAUCUGGUGGGCAGCCACACCACAGAGCCACUACCUGACCAUCAACCGGCCAUUGCUGGCCCAUGACGACGUGCCGCUCCGGUCCCCAGCGAUCUUCCGAGCCCAGCAUAGCAGGCCGUGGUGGAGCCGUUGCUGCCUGAGCUGCUGUUGAAUUUGGUCCUUUCUGGGAAGUCAGAGCUUCAGUUGCUUCCCAGUGUCUCCUGGGGGCAGGAAGUCAGCCUGUGAGGGACUUGGAGUCUCUUGGAGACAGGAAGUUCAAAUUCAGGCUUCUGCGCAUCCUGGCCCUUCAGCCUGCGGAAUGUCACAGCCCUGCUGGUUUCUUGGUUGAGGGGACUGAGUGGGCAAUAAAAGAACAGGAGUAAAUUCUGA